CAGCAGGCGGCACGUAUUUCUACAACUGGACUGUCUGGUAGCAUGACAGGAGACAACAACCCGAGCUGACCCCCAAGAGCACAGGCAGAGCCAGAAUAAAUGCAUAAACUGCAGAGUUUCUCUCGAGCCAUAUUGGCUGAAGUUUUCAGCCGAUUGCCGUCAAGACUACAUUCGACAGCAGGAAGACCUUCAGCUCCACUAGGUUCACGGAUUCUGACCAAUACCGAUGACAUCUUUAAGCACAACAUGUGGGAUCAUGUGCAAUGGACAGAAGAGGAUAAGGAAAAUGCACGGCAGAAGGCAAAGGAAAAUUCCUCCACACACAUUCCUUUAGAGGAACAAGGUACAUUUGACACGGAGGCUUGCCAAUACUGGGACAAGUUUUACAAGAUGCACCAGAAAAAGUUCUUUAAAGAUCGCAAGUGGCUGUUUUUAGAGUUUCCAGAACUGCUUCCUUCAGGUGCAAAAAGUCAAACCACAAAUGGGUAUCUGGUUGAUCAGCAGGAAUCACACCUGCAACUGACUGGAUCCAGCACAGACACAGAGACCAGAUACCAGCAACAUAACGGACCCACACACAGAAAUACAGACACCCCCAGUCAUCAGAAGGAGUCCUGUCAGGGAGCAGCACCAGAGGAAACUGAAGCUCUCAUACAAACUCCAGCUUUCCCCGGCCAGCACGCAUCUUUUAGGAUCUUGGAGGUUGGAUGUGGGGUUGGUAACAGCACAUUUCCCAUUGUUAAUUCCAUAAAAGAAAAAGAUGCAUAUUUAUACUGUUGUGACUUCUCCCCAUGUGCCAUUCAGCUGGUUAAGGACCAUCCAGACUACCAUGACUCAGUGUGUCACGCCUUUGUCCAUGACAUUUGCGAGGAGAAGGCUUCCUUUCCCUUCCCUAUUCACAGCCUGGAUGUUAUCCUGGCAGUCUUUGUGCUCUCCUCCAUUCAUCCGGAGCGACUGCAAGGAAUUGUGAACCGACUAUCUACAUACCUGAAACAUGGAGGGAUGUUUCUCUUUCGGGAUUAUGGGAGAUUUGAUUUCUCACAACUCAGGUUUAAGAAAGGACGGUGCUUAUCAGAAAAUUUCUAUACACGAGGAGAUGGAACCUGCGUGUACUUUUUCACUAAAGAAGAGGUUCAUGAUUUAUUUUCCAAUGCUGGACUGGAAGAAAUUCAGAAUCUGGAGGACCGACGACUCCAAGUGAACAGAGGAAAGAAAGUUGCAAUGCACCGAGUUUGGAUGCAGAGCAAGUACAGGAAAGGAUAUCCACCUCCACCAUCUUAAUUUCCCACUGCACUGUUUCUUUGAUAAAACAUGUUAGCUGUUAUAACCAGAUGAGUAUGUGUACUACAACAAAACUAUGCAAUAAACGCAUCAACUGAA